CAUACAUUUGGAAAAUGGCUUCAUUACUACGAAGGGCUGCGAAGCCGGCGAUAAGCACGUCGAAAUCGUAUGGAUUGCGCCUGUUUUCCUCCGGGACAGCAGCGCGUUCGUCCCCAUCGUCUUGGAUGCCUGUACCGUUGGUGACGGAGACAGUUGCUGGAGGUUGGAAAACCUCAGACAUCUUCUCGCGCCUCCUCGCCGAACGAAUAAUUUGCCUCAAUGGCGAAGUUAACGACCCCAUGUCCGCGACUGUUACUGCACAGCUACUCUUCCUCGAAUCCGAAGCGCCCGAAAAACCCAUCUCGCUGUACAUCAACUCUCCUGGCGGCUCUGUCACAGCUGGAAUGGCUAUAUAUGACACCAUGAACUACAUCCGCUGUCCUAUAACCACCAUAUGUAUGGGUCAAGCCGCCUCUAUGGGCUCACUAUUGUUGUGUGGCGGGGCUGCGGGACAGCGAUUCAUUCUUCCGCACAGCAGAGUGAUGAUUCAUCAGCCCAGCGGGGGAUACAGUGGCAAAGCGAGCGACAUAGCUGACCAUGCAAAGGAAAUCCUGAGAGUGAGGGAUCAGCUCAACAGGACGUACCAACGGCAUUUGACGAAGAAGAGGGAUCUGAAGGAGAUUGAGAAGUAUAUGGAGAGAGACUACUUCAUGGAUGCUCAAGAGGCAUUAGAUUUUGGAAUUGUGGACAGGAUACUGGAAAAGAGAGAAGAGGCGGAAAAGAAAGAGUAG